AAUUGCAGCUAUUUAAAUUGAUCUAUGAUGCAUUUUGGCAAAUAUGAAUUCGAGCUCCUCAAGUAGUGUAUUGGAAACAAUGAAAACUCCCCUUCUGAUUUUCAUCAUUUUUGGUUGUCACGCAGUAUUCGCUAACAAAUGUGCAAGACCGAACCUGAGCCAGGAGAAGCUUUAUGUCUACAGCAAUAUUGGGCAAAUGUCUGUCCAAGUUAGUAGGUGUAAUUUCAAAAAUGCUAAAGAAGUUUAUUCAGAUAUAUCUGACAACUGCAUUAAAGCAUUUGAAUCUGGUAUAUUUAUAGAUAAAUGGUCUGAAAGGAACGUUUUGGCCUCUGAGAAUACGCCAGUUGUUAUAGAGGCGUAUAUAGCAAAAGCCGAUUUAACCAAAAACGAAAUAUACUUGAAAUCAGGUCAAAUUUGUAGGUACGAUCGGGGUUUUUGCUAUGAUCCUCUUCAAGGUAACACGUAUGCUGUUGUUUGGAAAAUUGUUGAUCGAACGAAAAUAGAAUGUGCCUCUCAACUCUUCCAACUCUUCGAAGGAGACGUGGACAUUUGGGAAUUCCAACCCCAGGGACUGACUUAUUUGUUUUAUUACGACGAUUAUCAAGACAAAGCUUUCUACUUGAAUUUAAAAACCAAAGGAAGUUGUCAAGAUAAUGAUGUCUGGUAUACAGAAGAUGGUUAUAUUGUUUCCAAAAAACCUUUAAAAUCGAAGGAUAUUGAAGAAAAUGCAGCUCUGAGGAUGAAAAGUGGAAGAAAGGGAGUAAAAGGUGGAGUUAAAGGAGGAAGAAUCACGUAUAUGCCAACAAAUCAAAAUUAUUUCUACUUAAGACCAAAAAGUGUUGUAAGCGAGAAUAUCCUAAAAAACUGCGAGAUUCUAUCAUUGGGAAUGGAAGCUAUUACUAACAAAAUUGAUUCAAGUUACUUUGAAAAUUCACAGAAUUUACGUUUAAUAUUGAAACGCUAUUACGACCUCAUUAUAAGUACAAGAGAAAACAUUCUUACGAAAAUAGAAUGUGGAAGUACAAAGAAUGUGACAUUGAAUCUUGAACACCAGUUUACAGAAUUAUCAGAAAGCUUUAAAAAUGCUACAGAUUUUAUUAAAGAAAUUGAGAAUACUUUGGAAACCGCUGGAAAUUUGGAAGGUAUUAGAAAAGAUGUUGAUACAUUGGCUGAUCAAAUAUCAACAUAUUUGAAGAAAAAUGGAGAAUUUGAUGAACUACUGAAAGAAUUGUCAUCAGAUGUGAAAAAUAACUCGAAAAAUAUCAACAAUAACGAUUUGGAAAUCAAGACACUAUCAGAAAAAAGUGAAGUACUCGAAAGAAUCGUCAAUAAUAAGCUUCCUGAUUUGAUAACCAAAUCUGAAACAUACGACAAAAUAAAUCAAAUAGAACAAGAGUUUCAUAAUAAAGUUAAAGAAUUGAUAAUGAAUGUAACUUUGCUUUUACUACAAAACGAAUCAUCUAACGGUGUUAAAGGAAAAGGUACAACCACUGCAGAAAUUGAAAGUAUGAUUUUGGAUAAACUCAGUAGCUUCAAUUUGGAUCAACAGCAAGCAGCUAUCGACGCACUAAAAGAAAAAACAGAACUACUUAUAAAUUCAUUGAGAUCUGAAACUAAUAAUAAUGCUAGUAUUUCAGAGAAUAAAGUGAUGAAAAAGCUAGACUCGGUUGCUUCCCAAAAUCAACUUAUUACUGAGAAAAUAACAAAUAUUGAAAAAAAUGUCGAUACUUUGAAUAAAACUAUAAAUGAAUUGAAAACUGAUAUAGAAAAUAAUGAUAAACAUUUUAAUGAUAUAAUAAAAAAAUUUGAAGUACAAAUAAAUGAUAUUAUGGCAAACUCUAGUUAUAUAGAACUAGUGAUUGCGGAUUUGAGAGAAGAUUUGGGAAAUUUGAGCAGAAAAGAAGUAGAUUUCAAUCCCAUUUAUGAAAAAAUGGACAAGUCUUUGGAGAAAGAGCUGAAACAAAGAGAUGAAAGAUUAGACUCACUGGAUGACAUUACCGCAAAAUUAACUGAGUAUAGUCAAAAAAGUACUUCUGUUAUUGAUAGUUUACAACAACAAAUUAAUGAUACUAACGAGUCUCUGAACAAUUUUAAUGAUAUGAAGGAAAAUGUAACUGAUAAUAUCGAAAAAGCAAUUAGUCCAGUUAAUAAGAAACUGGUUGAUAUGAAUGAGAUAUUAGAGGAUCAUUCUAAAAAAUACGAUACCGUACAGAAUAACUUGGACAAUAUUGGAAAAGAAAUUGUUAUUGGAUUAGAUAAUUUGAAAACUAACCUUAGUGACGUGAUCAAUCAACUUAAUUCUACAUUAGAAGAUAAUAGUGUUGCAGUAGUUAAGCUCUCGGAACAAGAUAAUAGAAUAAAUAACGUUAUAGAUAACCUUAAAAAUGAUUUGGAAAGUCAAGGACAAUCUAUAAAUAAUUUAGAAUCUGUAUUACAACAAGAAAUUGACCAAUAUCAGGUAACAAGUAAUAAUACUUUGGGAAUGAUUGAUAAUCUUAAAGACAAUGUCACAGAAUUAUACGAAGCUAUCAAACUACACGAAGGAUCGAUUCUUGAGCUUAUAAAGGGAUUCGAAAAAGUUUCUCUACAAAGUGCGAGUAAAAGUGGUGUUAAAACUACGAAAGGAGGUGUAGGAGCAAGUGGCGCACAAGUCGCUAAUCAAGAACGAGAGUUAUAUUAUCUUCGAACUCAAUUAACUGGGGCCAAUAUUAAAAUAAAAACUCUGGAAAAUAAAAUUGAACAAUUGGAGACGCAAAUUGAACACUUAUUUUUGAAAUCGGUUAAAUUGGAAGAUAUUCUAGCACUUUCAAUGAAAUCUGUGAACAAUGACAUAAAAGGUACUAACGAAAGAAUCGGACUAGUUGAAUUUGAUAUAAAAAGUGAACUUGCUCUUUGUUGUAAAAAUAGAAGGAAAGUAUGAGGCAAUUAAAUAUUGGAAGUGA